AUGCUUUAACAAGUAUAUCAUGUCUUACUGUUUGUAAGCAAACCCUUGUUCUCAAGUCCCUUUCACUCCCCCACUCCCUCUUCCCUUCCACACUCUUUCCUCUCUCAUGCUCUUACUUCUUCCAAUCUCCAUCUUUACCAUAUAUCCUAACACUAAUCUUCUUCUUUCCUCUCUUCUUCUCUCUUUCUCUCUCACAUGAAUCAUAAAAAAACCUUAAUAUCAAAUUAAACACAAUCCUAAACUCAUCCUCCUUCCUUAAUUUUCAUGCAUGAUGGACCCUCCACCUCCAUCCACCACUUCUUCUUCUUCAACUGAUCCUCCUCCUCCUCCUCCUCAUCCUCCUCAUCCUCAUCCUCAUCCUCAUCCUCCUCAACAACAACAACUCAGUAGAUAUGAAGCUCAAAAACGUAGAGAUUGGAACACCUUCCAACAAUACUUAAGAAACCACAAACCACCUCUUGCCUUACCAAGAUGCAGUGGAGCUCAUGUCAUUGAGUUCUUGAAAUAUCUUGAUCAGUUUGGCAAGACCAAAGUCCAUGUCAAUCCCUGUCCUUAUUUUGGAAACCCUAAUCCUCCUUCUCCUUGUGCUUGUCCUCUUAGACAAGCUUGGGGUUCUCUUGAUGCCCUUAUUGGCCGUCUUCGUGCUGCCUAUGAAGAGAGUGGUGGCAGGCCUGAGUCCAAUCCUUUUGCUGCUCGUGCUGUGAGGAUUUACUUAAGAGAGGUUAGGGAAAGCCAAGCUCAUGCCAGGGGUAUUCCUUAUGAGAAGAAGAAGCGAAAGCGGGUUACCUCCGGUGUCACUGCUGGCAACGUUUCUUCUUCUUCUGCCUGUGGUGGUGGUGGUAGUAGUUCAGAGGUGAUGGAAGAAGGUGGUGGAGCUCCUCCAACUUAAAUUAAUUAUAAUUCAUGAGCUUUAUACAUGAAAGGACACAAGGACUCAAACACCAUGCAGAGAUUUCCAAGUGAUCACAAGCCUUUCUCUAUCUCUCUAUUAAUUUCUUUUUUGAAAUACAAAAUGGUACAUCUAUAAACUUUGGCAAUCUUUUAUCUAUUUGAGUGUAUGCAUGUUUCUCAACUAACUUGGAGUCUCUCUUGUUGUUCUGAUCAAGCUAGGAAUUAAGCAUGAUCAAUUAUCUUCUUAUACCUUUGAGCUUGACAAAGAGAACACACACAUUGCAUUAAAUUGAGGCCUUCUUAAUUUGCUCUUUA